AUGGAUGCCUCAAAUGUCUUUCGUCAGGUUCAAGGGUUUACGUCCCAUACUCCGAGACCACCGCAACAAUGGCAACAAAAGAAGCCUAUCAAGACCGAGGAGAACGGCGACGGCGAAGCCUCGCACCGUAUUGCGCAUACGCUAACAGCUUGCUGUCGGUGUCGCCAAAGGAAAACACGCUGUGACCCCACGCUGCCUCGUUGUUUGCCGUGCGAGCGAUCCGGCUCAGCCUGCGAAUAUUUUGAUACGACAAAGGGAAAGAGGAUUAGUCGGUAUUAUGUUGUCAAACUCCAAGAGAAAGUUAGACAGCUUGAGGCCGAACUCGGCCAGUAUACCGACGAUGACGAUUUCCCUAAAAACCAUGAAGAUUUCAUUCGGCCAGGUGGUUUAGUCCGCUUAAAUGAAACUGAUGAGACCCCGCGGUAUCUCGGGCCCUCUAGUGGUAUUGCCAUGACGCGUAUACUCAUGGAAGAGGCUAAACGAUACACCGACUCAAAACGUAUAUCAGAGCUGAUACCAGAUUUACGGGACCGCCGCCAAACCGCGGCGCCCGGCACGAGUUUUUCGGGGACACGGUCGCAAUCCUUCACUAUACCGCCCUCAAUGUCGGCAAGAAAGAAAAGCUAUCCCAUCAUCAGUGCCGUUCCGGCGCAAAACCUUCCGAGCAGAGGCAUCGCUGAUAGAUUGGUAGAGGUUUUUCAUCAACGGGCUCAAGUAUUUACUCCAACUCUUCAUGAGAAGGUACUGGAGAGGACGGUUGAAGAUGUUUACGCCGGGAGCACAGACCCGUACCAAAACUUUGUCGUGCGAUUAGUCAUGGCGACGAGCAUGCAGAAAUUAGACACGACAUAUGCAGGACUUGCUGAUAGCUAUUAUCAGGCUGCGAUGAAAUACUUUGAAGAUGUCGUCCGGCCUAAGGAUCUCAAGACUCUUCAAUGCCUCGUCUUGAUCGGUCAAUACUCAAUGCUGACACCUACUCGAACUGCUGUUUACUACGUAAUCGGCUUAGCAACGAGAAUCUGUCAGCAACUAGGCCUAGCUGACGAGAAGACCAUUUCCCUAGGCGUUAGUGACCCGCUGACUCUGGACAUGCGGCGACGACUGAGCUGGAUUGUUAGCAACCUAGAACUCGGCAUGGCCCAUGUUAUGGGCCGUCCGAAUGGGUUUGCUAAAAGUGAUGACAUAAAUGAUGUUAGGUUCUUCGAGACCGUAAGCGACGCAAACAUUCGUGAAGACGGAAUCAUCCCUGGGCCCCCGGAUGAGAAGAAACUAGUUGCUAUACACUUCUGCAAGAUGCGACAGCUCCAGUCUGAAAUCCGACGGAUCUUGUAUGAAAAGAAGUACCUGGAGCCUAAGGACGCCCGCCAUCCGUGGUUUGGGGGAAUGGAGGCCAAGAUGGACCAGUGGCUUAAGGAAUCUCCCGAAAAUCCAGCAUGGUGCAAGCCUUGGUUUUCAGGGCGAUUUCAUGUUAUGAUGAUGACACUUCAUCGACCAUCUCCUCAAGUGCCGAAGCCAUCCGUGCGCUCGGCCACGAAGUGCUUCGAUUCGGCUGCAUUUGUUAUUCAAAUUUCCAGUAAACAGAUGAUGGCGGCAGCUGUCGAUAUCACAUGGGUGUUUAUAUUGACCCUUUACAUGUCUCUUAACACUAUUUUAUGGGCUGUUACCUACCCGGAAGUGCGAGUGUUGCACACUCGGGACGAAGUACAGGAACUAGUCAAUAUAUCACUAGAUAUAAUUGACCAAUGCGUUGAAAGAUGGCCGGGGACCGCAGCAGCAUCUCAAUUAUACUCUACUUUUACGAAAGCAUGCCUUCAAAGUUACGAUUCGAAUGAAACGCCAACACAGUCGAACUCAAGUGCUUUUAAUACCCCACCAUCUCAAACAGAUACAAACUCACCUUCUGCAUCUGAUAUUUCAAGUGGGACGACAGUAUCCAAUACUGGUGUUUCUCCUUUCAACCCACCACAAUUUGGCUACGUUUUUGGCUCCGGCCCAGAAGAGAUGAACAAUUAUGGGGCUGAGAACAACUACAUCAUACACCCCACGUUUAGAUCAAAUUCGAUCUUCCUAAACCCGGCCUCUAGUGACCAUACCGGACGUCGUUUCAGUUACUUCCCACCUGACUUCACUCAGGGAGACUUGACGCUUAUGGAAGAGCACAGUCCACCAGAUACCGAUGCGACAGUGUCACCACCAUUCUCAUCUCCCGCACAGCAUAUCCCUCCUUCUCCGGAUUCAGUGUCUACAAGCACUGCUACUUCAACUAUGGGAACACCACUUCCUGUUACACCCAUGCUUUCGACUUCGAGUUUAGCUCAGACCCCCUCUGAUAUCGCGACGCCUAAUACAGUGCCUCCCCCACAAUCGCGUACGGCCCCGCCAGCUUUUACUAUUCCUCCUUUACCACAACACCAAUUACAAGGCCAACGGCCUCUGCCUCAGCCAACUACAGUUACGGAUUGGUUUAAUCCCCCGCCGCCGUUCAUCUCACCAUACGCCUUCGGCAACGGAUUAGGUGGUAAUUUCUGGAACGAUUCCAGCGCAAACGGCCUUGGCGAUAUUAACAUGGGCAAUAUGCCAUUUUCCAACGGGCUCCCGCCGGAGCGGCAAGGCAGCUUAAGUCAACAGCAACAAAUAGAGCUCAUGGAUGUUUUGGAGAAUGAGGGAAUGACAGAUAUAGACACGUACUUGAGCAUGGGAAUGACGUAUCCAAACAUCAUGGGCAACGGGAAUCAGGGUUUCAACUGGGGUGGGCAGUCAUAA